UAAAUCUUCGAGCGAUGAGAUUAUCAAAGGUAUUUAAUCGGAAAAUUCUCGUCAAUCCUUACUGGCAAAUGGACACUAGAAGCUAUCUAUCUUCGCGAAAAGCGUUCUAAAUUAAGUAAUAAAAAGACUUAUAGCUGUCUAAUGAAUAUCGCCUGUACGUAUAAAAACAAUGGUGCUAUGUGUCGUGUAAAGCUUGACAGCUAAACGUAAGAAGUAAGAAUAAAGACAUCCAUAUAUAUAUUAUUGCGUUAAUUGAAGCAAGAUGAAGUUUGCAGAACAUCUGUCUGCUCACAUUACGCCUGAGUGGCGUAAGCAAUACAUAAGCUAUGAGGAAAUGAAGGCAAUGCUCUAUACUGCUGUAGAAGAAGCACCGUCAGCUGAAAGUGUUGAACCAGAAGUGAUAUCUCGACACUUUGCUUCUUUUGAUGAAGUAUUUUUUACGUUUUGUGACCGUGAAUUGAAGAAAAUUAAUACUUUUUAUUCUGAAAAGUUAGCAGAAGCCACUCGUAAAUAUGCAGCUCUUCAAAGCGAAUUGAAGACAGCAUUAGAAUUACAACAUGGUGGAGGGAAAAAUAAGGGGAAAGUGAAUGUUAAGCCUCAUUUACCAACAAGGAAGCUGAGAGAAUUGAAACUUGCAUUCUCAGAAUUUUAUUUGUCUCUUAUACUUCUUCAGAACUAUCAAAAUCUUAAUUACACUGGUUUUCGAAAGAUUCUUAAAAAACACGACAAGUUAUUGUCUGUAGAUAGUGGAUCAAAAUGGAGGAUGGAAUGUGUAGAAACCGCACAUUUUUAUACAUCAAAAGAUAUAGACAAUCUCAUACAAGAUACAGAAACUACAGUAACAAACGAUUUAGAAGGUGGAGACAGACAACGCGCAAUGAAACGUUUACGUGUACCACCUUUAGGUGAGCAUCAAAGUCCAUGGACCACUUUUAAAGUUGGAUUAUUUUCUGGUAGUUUCAUUGUUCUCUUUGUGGCAGUUGUACUUUCAGCAAUAUUUCACGAUGGUGGUGAAAACUUAAAAAUUGCAUUUAGAUUAUAUCGUGGACCUCUGCUUAUUAUACAAUUUUUGUUUCUUAUUGGCGUGAAUGUUUAUGGAUGGCGAUCGUCCGGUGUGAAUCACGUGUUGAUAUUUGAAUUGGAUCCGCGAAACCAUUUAUCUGAACAACAUCUUAUGGAAUUAGCGGCUGUUCUUGGAGUUAUAUGGACUCUCAGUUUAUUAAGUUUUUUAUACAGUGUCAGCUUAAGCAUUCCUCCAUAUGUGAAUCCAUUAGUUUUAGUCUGUAUUAUGUUAGCAUUUCUCUUAAAUCCGUUAAAAAUGUUUCGUCACGAGGCACGAUUUUGGUUAUUAAAGAUCAUUGGAAGAGUUUUAAUAUCGCCAUUUGCGUACGUGAAUUUUGCUGAUUUCUGGUUAGCAGAUCAAUUAAAUAGUAUGGCCACAGCACUGUUAGACUUCCACUUUUUAACGUGUUUUUAUAUUACCAAUGGAAAUUGGCUAGAAGCAGGAGAUACUACGCAAUGUAUGUCUGGAUCCUUAAUUGUUAGACCUAUCGUUAAUUGUCUACCUGCAUGGUUUCGUUUUGCACAAUGUAUACGACGAUAUCGUGAUUCUAAAGAGGCAUUUCCACAUUUGGCUAAUGCUGGAAAAUAUUCAACUACAUUCCUUGUUGUCAUAUCUAAUACGCUGUGUGCGUACAAUGCUGCGGAAUAUUCAAAUCGUUGGGAAAAUCCAUGGUUGUGGCUUUGGAUCUUUAGUUGUAUUGUCAAUUCUAUUUAUUCACUAACGUGGGAUUUAAAAAUGGAUUGGGGUCUUUUAGAUAGCAAUGCUGGUGAAAAUAAAUUCUUACGCGAAGAAGUAGUAUAUUCAGCAGCGGGAUUCUAUUAUUUUGCUAUAAUCGAGGAUUUUAUUCUGAGGUUUGCAUGGAUCGCGAGUUUCGUUCUUAUUGAGUGUGGAUAUGUAUCUAGUGAUUUAAUGACAUCGAUAGUAGCACCUCUUGAAGUCUUUAGGCGAUUCGUUUGGAAUUUCUUCCGAUUAGAAAAUGAACAUUUAAACAAUUGUGGUAAAUUUCGUGCAGUUCGUGAUAUUUCGAUCGCACCGAUAGAAAGUUCUGAUCAAACGCAAAUUUUGCGUAUGAUGGAUGAAGAAAAUGGUGUACUCAAUAGAGGUAAACGCAAAGUUGGUGGUAAACGACAAGCUACUAGUAAAGAAGAUAAACGGGCAUUGCUCAAAGAAGAAACAGUUGAUAUAGAUAUAUCAAAUACUAGUUGAAACUAGUUCAAUUGUUUUAUUAUCAGAACCUAUGCAAAGCAAUAUUAUUCCAAAUUUGAUGUAAUUUUUAUAGGACAGUAGUUUGCUAGAAAGAGUGCAGGUCAUACUUUAUGAACAAUUAAUAUUUCCUUUGUGUAUCAAAAUUGAAGAUUGUGAGGCUGAACUGAACAAGUGCCUUGUAUAUAUCCUGUUUAUUAAACUAUGAAUUUAAUAACUUAGUUCUAUGAUAUUUAUACUACAGUGUCUUCCAUAAAACUGUUUCGACACUUAACACAUGAUUUAUCGCUAAUAAACUGAUUUGAAUGACUUAAAUGCUUUUAAUUAUUUUAACAAUGUAUGAAAAUCAUUUUUGUUUAAACAAGUCUUGAAUUAACUGUAUACUACUAAUUAGUAUUCAGUUGGUAAAUACAAAGAAAGAUAGAUUACUUCAUUAGUGAUAUAUCUGUUAAUAUAUAUUUAUUAGGUACUAUAGUCUUCAAUUUUGAUUAAUAAAUGCACAGAUUCAUACUUGAGAAAUGUAUAAAGUGUAUCAUAAUAGUUGUACAUAGAUAUUAGUGAGUUGUAUGUAGAAACAGGGUUGAUAUUUUAAUAUGUGCAUUUGUUCACUUUGGCGCAACGAGCAAUAGCACAGUCUACCUGUUAUUAUAGUAUUAUAAUUCUAAUUAAAGGGAAAGCGCUCAUUACAUUAUAAUGUUCAUAAUUUUUGCUGACAAAUAUAAAUUCUAGAUUAAUUGUCAGUGGGAAGUGGUAUUUUUAACUUAUCUCAUCAAACAAUUGUAUUUAUUUGAACUAAUUAUAUAUAAAAUUUACUAGACUA